ACGAGCUCAGAAGCGCUCAGAGCGCACCACGGUGAAGGUCGGAAAAGGGGAAGGGAGUUGUUAGUCGUCUAGUAGCGCGAUUAAAGUCAUUUUAAAUUCGAUUUUCAAAGGCGACUGACAACAGAGGUCCCUGGGAUACCGCCACCGGAGACUUUCCGGUCACCGUUGGUGGCCCGAUCUGGACCGUGGUGACUACUUUGAGGCUGUUCCUGCUCACAAAGCGACGUGUCGAGGAAGGACGCGUCUUUUGAAUAGACAGGAUGCACGGACCGCCCUCCGGCGACAGCGCAUGCCCCUUGCGCACGAUCAAGAGAGUUCAGUUCGGCAUCAUCAGCCCCGAUGAGCUUAAACGAAUGUCGGUGACAGAAGGGGGUAUUAAAUACCCCGAAACGACAGAAGGUGGUCGUCCAAAACUUGGUGGCCUUAUGGACCCGAGACAAGGGGUCAUAGAAAGAAGUGGGAGAUGUCAAACGUGUGCAGGCAACAUGACUGAAUGCCCGGGACACUUUGGACACAUUGAGCUGGCAAAACCCGUUUUCCAUGUCGGAUUCAUCUCCAAGAUCAUGAAAGUUAUGCGUUGCGUCUGCUUCUUCUGUUCCAAACUGCUCGUGGAUGCGAACAACCCAAAAAUCAAGGACAUCCUUCUGAAAUCCAAAGGGCAACCCAGGAAGCGCUUGACGCAUGUGUAUGAGCUGUGCAAAGGGAAAAAUAUCUGCGAAGGUGGCGAGGAGAUGGACAACAAAUUCGGGAUGGAGCAGCAGGAGACUGAAGAGGACAUCACGAAGGAGAAGGGACACGGAGGUUGCGGGCGCUACCAGCCCCGAAUCCGGCGUACCGGGCUAGAACUGUACGCCGAGUGGAAGCACGUGAACGAGGACUCUCAGGAGAAGAAGAUCCUGCUGAGUCCCGAGCGCGUGCACGAAAUCUUCAAACGCAUCUCGGACGAGGAGGACAUCAUCCUGGGCAUGGACCCAAAGUUCGCACGACCCGAGUGGAUGAUUGUCACGGUGCUGCCUGUACCGCCUCUGGCCGUCCGGCCCGCUGUGGUCAUGCAGGGCUCGGCUCGCAACCAGGACGACUUGACCCACAAGUUGGCCGACAUCGUAAAAAUCAACAACCAGCUGAGGAGAAACGAGCAAAGCGGUGCCGCCGCCCACGUCAUCGCAGAAGACGUCAAGUUGCUUCAGUUCCACGUCGCCACCAUGGUGGACAACGAAUUACCGGGGCUUCCCAGAGCAAUGCAAAAGUCCGGCCGUCCUCUCAAAUCGAUCAAACAGCGUCUAAAGGGCAAGGAAGGGAGAGUUCGAGGUAACCUGAUGGGAAAACGUGUGGACUUUUCCGCGCGAACCGUCAUCACACCGGAUCCGAAUCUCCAAAUCGACCAAGUGGGUGUCCCGAGAUCCAUUGCGGCCAAUAUGACCUUCCCGGAAAUUGUCACCCCCUUUAACAACGACAGACUGCAGGAGCUUGUGCGACGAGGUAACAGCCAGUACCCCGGAGCCAAGUACAUCAUCCGUGAUAACGGAGAUAGAAUUGAUCUGCGAUUUCACCCUAAACCAAGUGACCUUCAUUUGCAGAUUGGCUACAAGGUGGAAAGACACAUGUGCGAUGGAGAUAUCAUCAUCUUUAACAGACAGCCUACGCUGCAUAAAAUGUCCAUGAUGGGGCACAGGGUUCGAAUUCUGCCCUGGUCCACGUUCCGACUCAACCUGAGCGUAACCACACCGUACAAUGCGGAUUUUGACGGAGACGAGAUGAACCUUCACCUUCCGCAAUCCCUGGAGACCAGAGCUGAGAUUCAAGAGCUUGCCAUGGUUCCCCGUAUGAUCGUCACACCCCAGUCCAACAGGCCCGUCAUGGGAAUCGUGCAAGACACACUGACGGCUGUGCGCAAAUUCACCAAGAGAGACGUCUUCCUAGAACGGGGCGAGGUCAUGAACCUCCUCAUGUUCCUCUCCACCUGGGACGGGAAGGUGCCUCAGCCGGCCAUUCUUAAACCUCGUCCACUGUGGACCGGCAAGCAGAUCUUCAGCCUGAUCAUUCCCGGACACAUCAACGUCAUUCGCACACACAGUACCCACCCGGACGACGAAGACAGCGGUCCUUAUAAGCACAUCUCACCGGGUGACACCAAGGUUAUCGUGGAAAACGGCGAGUUGAUCAUGGGCAUUCUGUGCAAGAAGUCUUUGGGAACGUCAGCCGGUUCCCUGGUCCACAUUUCCUACCUGGAGAUGGGGCAUGACAUUACCAGACUGUUCUACUCCAACAUCCAGACUGUGGUCAACAACUGGCUCCUCAUUGAAGGUCAUUCCAUCGGUAUCGGUGACUCCAUUGCUGACGCCAAGACUUACCUUGACAUCCAGAACACCAUCAAGAAAGCCAAACAGGAUGUGAUAGAAGUGAUUGAGAAGGCCCACAACAACGAGCUGGAGCCCACCCCCGGCAACACGCUGAGGCAGACCUUUGAGAACCAAGUCAACCGUAUCCUCAACGACGCUCGUGAUAAAACUGGUUCCUCUGCUCAGAAGUCUCUGUCAGAGUAUAAUAACUUCAAGUCCAUGGUGGUGGCUGGAUCCAAGGGUUCGAAGAUUAACAUCUCACAGGUUAUUGCGGUGGUGGGGCAGCAGAACGUGGAGGGUAAACGAAUCCCAUUUGGCUUCAAACACCGCACGCUGCCUCACUUCAUCAAGGAUGAUUACGGUCCUGAGAGCAGAGGCUUUGUGGAGAACUCCUACCUGGCCGGCUUGACGCCGACUGAGUUCUUCUUCCACGCCAUGGGAGGAAGAGAAGGUCUGAUCGACACGGCUGUCAAGACAGCUGAGACUGGUUACAUUCAGCGGCGUCUGAUCAAGUCCAUGGAGUCCGUGAUGGUCAAGUACGACGGCACGGUGCGCAACUCCAUCAACCAGGUGGUACAGCUGCGUUACGGAGAGGAUGGCCUGGCGGGAGAGAACGUGGAGUUCCAAAAUAUGGCCACGCUUAAACCGUCAAACAAGGCCUUUGAGAAGAAGUUCAAAUUUGACUGCACCAACGAGCGAGCGUUGAGGCGAACGCUGCAGGAGGACGUGGUAAAAGACGUGAUGACCAACGCCCAUGUACAAGGCACGCUGGAGAGGGAGUUUGAGAAGAUGAAGGAGGACAGAGAGAACCUCCGAACCAUCUUCCCGACCGGUGACAGUAAGGUGGUGCUACCAUGCAACCUGGCCAGAAUGAUUUGGAAUGCUCAGAAGAUCUUUCGCAUCAACACUCGGACUCCGACGGACCUCAAUCCGAUUAGGGUUGUGGAAGGUGUUCAUGAACUGAGCAAGAAACUGGUGAUUGUGAACGGCGAAGACCGUCUAAGCAGGCAGGCCCAGGAGAACGCCACGCUUCUCUUCAACAUCCACCUGCGCUCCACACUCUGCUCCAAGCGCAUGACUGAAGAGUUUCGUCUUACCACCGAGGCUUUCGAUUGGUUGCUGGGAGAAAUCGAGACCAAGUUCAACCAAUCUAUCGCCCAUCCGGGUGAAAUGGUCGGGGCUCUGGCCGCUCAGUCUCUCGGAGAACCUGCCACCCAGAUGACCUUGAACACCUUCCAUUAUGCCGGCGUGUCGGCCAAAAACGUCACGCUGGGCGUGCCGCGUCUGAAGGAGUUGAUUAACAUCUCCAAGAAGCCCAAAACACCGUCGCUCACGGUGUUCCUGCUAGGUCAGGCCGCUCGGGAUGCCGAGCGAGCCAAAGACAUCCUGUGCCGCCUGGAGCACACCACGCUAAGAAAGGUGACAGCCAACACCGCUAUCUACUACGAUCCAAAUCCGCAAAACACGGUGGUGGCCGAAGACCAGGAGUGGGUGAACGUCUACUACGAGAUGCCGGAUUUCGACGUGACGCGCAUUUCUCCUUGGCUUCUCCGCAUCGAGCUGGACCGCAAGCACAUGACCGAUCGCAAGUUGACCAUGGAACAGAUUGCAGAAAAGAUCAACGCCGGUUUCGGAGACGACCUGAACUGCAUCUUCAAUGACGACAAUGCGGAGAAGCUCGUUUUGCGCAUCCGAAUCAUGAAGAGCGACGAGAACAAGUUCCAAGAGGACGAGGAGGUGGUGGACAAAAUGGACGACGACGUCUUCUUGAGGUGCAUCGAGUCCAACAUGCUGACGGACAUGACGCUUCAAGGCAUCGAACAGAUCAGCAAGGUGUACAUGCACUUGCCCCAGACGGACAAUAAGAAGAAGAUCAUCAUCACAGAGGACGGAGAGUUUAAGGCGCUGCAGGAGUGGAUCCUUGAGACGGACGGCGUGAGCCUCAUGAGGGUUUUGAGCGAGAAGGACGUGGAUCCAGUCAGGACCACGUCCAACGACAUCGUGGAAAUCUUCACGGUACUCGGAAUCGAGGCUGUCCGAAAGGCUCUGGAGAGGGAGUUGUACCACGUCAUCUCCUUUGACGGUUCCUAUGUCAACUACCGCCACUUGGCCCUCCUGUGCGACACCAUGACGUGCCGAGGUCACCUGAUGGCCAUCACGCGUCACGGCAUCAACCGGCAGGACACCGGGCCGCUCAUGAAGUGUUCCUUUGAGGAGACGGUGGACGUAUUGAUGGAAGCAUCAUCUCACGGGGAAAGCGAUCCCAUGAAAGGCGUGUCUGAGAACAUUAUGCUAGGCCAGCUGGCUCCUGCCGGAACCGGCUGCUUUGACCUGCUCCUGGAUGCCGAAAAGUGCAAGUACGGCAUGGAGAUCCCGACAAACAUACCUGGCAUCAGCGUCGCUGGGCCCACGGGAAUGUUCUUUGGCUCAGUGCCGAGUCCCAUGAGUGGCAGGUCCCCUGCCAUGACCCCCUGGAACACUGGAGCCACACCCGCCCAUGGCGCUUGGUCUCCUAGUGUUGGAAGCGGCAUGACCCCCGGUGCGGCCGGCUUCUCUCCGAGCGCGGCGUCUGACGCCAGCGGCUUCUCUCCGGGUUACUCCCCGGCUUGGUCGCCCACUCCCGUGUCCCCGGGAUCUCCUGGACCUGCCAGCCCCUACAUCCCGUCUCCAGGUGGGGCAAUGUCGCCCAACUAUUCCCCCACGUCACCUGCCUACGAGCCCCGCUCCCCUGGCGGCUACACCCCUCAGAGCCCGGGGUACUCUCCGACGUCGCCUUCCUAUUCCCCCACCUCCCCGUCUUAUUCCCCCACCAGCCCCAAUUACAGCCCGACAUCGCCCUCCUACUCUCCCACCUCACCGAGUUAUUCGCCCACCUCUCCUUCGUACUCACCCACGUCGCCUUCUUACUCGCCGACAUCUCCCUCGUACUCGCCGACGUCGCCUUCUUACUCGCCGACGUCUCCCUCUUACUCGCCGACGUCUCCCUCUUACUCGCCGACGUCUCCUUCUUACAGCCCCACUUCGCCUAGCUACUCCCCCACUUCCCCCUCUUACUCUCCCACUUCCCCCUCUUACUCCCCAACCUCUCCCUCCUACUCCCCUACCUCCCCGUCUUACUCUCCCACCUCGCCGUCUUACUCCCCCACCAGCCCCAGCUACAGCCCCACGUCGCCAAACUACACGCCCACUUCCCCCAGUUACUCGCCGACAUCUCCUUCUUACUCUCCAACCUCCCCCUCCUACUCUCCGACCUCCCCCAACUACACGCCGACCAGCCCCAACUACUCCCCUACAUCCCCCUCGUAUUCUCCGACCUCACCGUCCUACUCGCCCUCCAGUCCGCGCUACACCCCGCAGUCGCCCACCUACACGCCUAGCUCCCCCUCGUACAGCCCCAGCUCCCCGUCCUACUCGCCCACCUCGCCCAAGUACACCCCGACCUCCCCUUCGUACAGCCCCAGCUCGCCCGAGUACACCCCGACGUCCCCCAAGUACUCUCCGACGUCACCCAAGUACUCCCCCACCUCUCCCAAGUACUCCCCGACGUCCCCUACCUAUUCUCCGACCACACCAAAAUACAGCCCCACCUCUCCGACGUACUCCCCCACCUCUCCGACCUACACGCCCACCAGCCCCAAGUACUCCCCAACUUCUCCCACGUACUCGCCGACGUCGCCCAAGUACUCGCCCACGUCGCCCACCUACUCGCCGACUAGUCCGAAAGGCUCCACGUACAGCCCCACCUCACCGGGGUACAGCCCCACCUCGCCAACCUACAGCCCGGCCAUCAGCCCCGACGACAGUGAUGAGGAAAACAACUAAAAACUUGGGGGCGGAGCACACUAGGAAGCCCCGCCUCUUUUUUUUGCCUACCAUCAACAAAUGUCAACCAUUAUUUGAAACUGUUUUGCCAGAAGGGGGAAAUAAAGUCUGUUUAUUCCAUUUUUUGUGUGUAAUUUCCCCCUUUCCAGGCAAAUUUUAAGACGAAACAGCUUCUUUUUGCUUUGUUUUUUUCCAUUCAACUUUAUAAUUUGCUGCAUUCAGUCUAUAAAAUGGUUGAAAAGCUACUACGGAACAGCGAACCUUUUGAUUGGAGAGCAAUACUAGCGAUCUUGAGUCCUCGCUAAGUCCUCCGCACCACAAAGAUCUCGGGCAUCUUGGAGGCUUUUGCAUCAAAGGCAGACAAAAAACUGACUUUUUUUCGCUUUUGAAGAAACGAGCUUUGGACGUCACGUGCAUGUCGGCUAGCGCAUUUAAAUCCAGCUAAGCUGAAAUGUUUCCAGGUCCUCCUGGAUUUCACUUAUGUUUUCUGACUAUUCCAUUUAUUUAAGAAAGAAGUUCAACUACUAUUCUGUCUGAAUGUGAAUUGUUUUUGUUGGUCCCUCGUUUGCGUUUGGUGAGAAUGUUCAAAGUCAAAUAGAUGACUCAUAACCCCAGCAAGGUGGGGUCCUCUUCCUCUGUUGUAUUUGAUGAAGUGGCCUCACCAAGACUUGUUUUUCAAAAAUACUGUCCCCUUCGUUUAACGAAACAAUGUUAGUUUUAUUACCUAGUUAUGGCUAGCCAUGUUGAUUUUUGCUUCCCUCCCCCCACAGAAAAUGGAGGAUGUUGCUUCCGGGCCUUUCCUAAUGAAGCAGGGUGUUUAUUGCUUAUGUUUUUUUUUGCUGCACUUGUUAAACUGUUAUCUGUCCGCAAACGUCACGACUCCCAGAUUGUACGGUUUUUGAUUUUUGGCGAGUGAGCAUCCUGGGAUGAGUUGCACAGGGUUUGGCGCAGAGAAAAGGAAGCAAAUUUGUCGCUGUACAGAAAUUGUGAGCUCAUGUCUGAUUUUGAUUGGGGGGGAGGGGAGAAAAAUAAAAAUUUUACAACAACUUUAUGCGUCAA